AUGCCUGGACAGGCGUGUUUGGGUCGCUUUUGGCAGUCGGCCAGAGGGCUGCCGCAGUGGCAGGGCCACCCACUGGCAUCGGAGCCAACCCUGAGCAAAAUAAUACCACUAUCAUUGCACGGCGACGAAACGCCGGUGUUGGCCAAAGGGAAAAUUUGGUCCUCCAGUGCAUUGGUGAUGUCGUGGGCUUCCCUUUUGGGUAGCGGCUCCACGAAACAAAGCCAGCUGUACAUCUGGGCCGCCUGGCACAAGUCAUUCUGUAGCCAGACGAAUGAUGACCUGUGGAGUCUUUUGCUCUGGUCUUUCGAAUCGUUGCGGUCCGGCAUUUUCCCGAAAGCCGACUGGCGAGGAUAUGAUUUCGAUCCCUACAGUCCCGAGGGACAGCGAGCUGGCCAAUACCUCGCGGACGGGUAUAGAGCUGUCUUGGUGGCUAGCUGUGGAGACCUGGACUACAUGGCACAGUUCCAGGGCCUUCCCUGGUGGAAUUCAAACUCCCCUUGCUGCCUGUGCCAAUGCCAAAGACGAGGAGACCGUACCUGGCACUGCUUUUCAGACGAUGCCCAAUGGAGGACAAGUCUGUGGACCCCUGCUGCUUGGAAAGCAUGGCCGGGCCGAAGCAUGAAGAAGAUGUUCCAGAAGGACUUCUGUUCUGUGCUCGUGGUCCAUUUCGACCUGGUGCAUUGUCGAUACCUUGGCUAUCUGCAGCAGCUAUAUGGGUCGGUUUUUUGGAUCCUCUGUGAGGAAAUGAUGCAGGCGAGUCCAAGCGCCAAUUUGCAUGAACUCUGGAACUUUCUGAAAACAUACCAAUCCACCCACAAGGUGCGCAGCCCCUACUCCCAGAGACUGAACAAGGUCAGUAUGUGCAAGAAGAAGACCGACUAUCCGAAGCUUCGUGGAAAAGCGGCGGAGAUCAAGGACAUGGCAGCAGCCGUGCGAGCAAUGUGGGCUUAUUUUGGUGUUCCUGGUCAAGACUUCCAAGAGAUUGGGGUACUCCUUGAUUUGACAUGCAAAUUCGAGGAGAUAUUGGAGGAAUGGCCGAUUGCAGAGGGCCAUUUCUGCCUUCCUGCCGAAGCUGCAGACAGACUGAAGGCGAACUAUCGGGACUUCGCAUGCUUGUAUGUCAUGGUCGGGGACCGCUUUCGCAGCGAAGGUCGUCGGGCCUUCAGCCCUACAGAAAAGAUUCUUGUUCCUGAACAAUGCAUGUUUUCACAUUUGUGCCUUUUAUAA